UUUAAAAAGGCUUAAGGUGGAGUUGUCCUUCCUAGUUUCUAAAGAAAAUUCGGAUACUUUACUUCAAGAUUUGAUAGCUAUGUGUGCUAAGUGCAGUGGAGGUAUGAAAAUUAAGCCCAUGAAAGUUCAAGUACAGGGUGAUCCAGUCUUUCUUAAAAGACGAAUAAUUCCUUAUUGUCUUCGAGAAGCAGUACGUAAGGCAUUAAACGACUUGUGUGCGAAAGGCAUAAUUGAACCAAUUCAGUCUUCAGCAUGGGGUACUCCUAUCGUUACUCCACUGAAAUCGGAAGGCAAGACCCCUAGAAUUUGUGGUGACUAUAGAUUAACUCUGAAUUCCCGUUUGUUGAAGCAAACGUGCACGACGGUAGAAGCUGAAGAUAUUCUAAAUCGACUUCAUGGUUCUAAAGUGUUCUCGAAAGUUGACCUAAAAGAUGCUUAUCUUCAAAUUCCUUUAGAUGAAUCUUCAUCUAUUUUGACGACAAUUAACACUCCUUUUGGUCUGUUCAAAUACAAUUUCCUUCCAUUUGGUCUAAGUUGUUCUCCAGCCAUAUUUCAGGAAGUUAUGAAUAAAGUAGUUAGUGAUCUUGAAGGUGUUGAAGUUUAUCAAGAUGAUCUCAUUGUUCAUGGCUCUAAUAAGGUGGUUCAUGACCAGAGACUUAUUGCUUUAUUGCGUCGUUUAAUUGAGAAGAAUAUAACAGUGAAUCCAAAUAGGUG